AAUGGCAGUCAGUACAGUAAUAAUACGUCGAUGUGAUUGUCCAGUUUUGCUUUAAUGCAGCUGUUCGGUAAAUCUGUUGGAGCUCUAGAUAGAUUAUUAGGGCUGUGUCUCUUUUUAAACGCUGAGAAAUGGCAACAGUUAAAAAGGACGACAGAUUAACAAGUUCUCAAAGUUUUCUAUGCGUCGGGUUUGCAGGAAUUUUUAGCAAAACCGUUACAUCGCCUCUCGAGGUGGUGAAAAUUUUGAGCCAGGUGGGGACUUUUCACUGCAAACGUGGCUUCUUGGGCAGUUUUCUACUUAUUUAUCAGCGUGAAGGUCUGCCGGCGUUUUGGAAAGGAAAUUCGGUUUCCUGUCUGCGGUUGUUUCCAUACAGUGCCAUACAUCUGGGAACCUACAAAACGAUCAUCCACCUCUAUAUGGAUGAACUUGGUCGUAUUUCCCAGUGGAAGGCCAUACUGACUGGUGGUCUAGCAGGUAUAUCUGCUGCGCUGCUUACCUAUCCCUUAGAGGUGGUUGAAACCAGACUGAUAGCCCAAAACUGCAGAGAAUCCACAUAUCGGGGUGUGCUGCACGCUCUUUCCAGUAUCAAGCGACAUGAGGGGUUCCUGGCUCUGUACCGUGGCUUUUCUCUCACUAUAUUAGGUGCAGUUCCCUUCUCAAUUGGCUGCUAUGUGGUUUUUAUUAACUUGGAUAAGCUGUGGCAGGAGCACCACUUCCGUUUCAACUCUUUGCAGAACUUCGUCAAUGGCUGUCUUGCGGCAGGAGUGGCUCAGACUCUCUCUUUCCCCUUUGAGACAAUUAAAAGGAAGAUGCAGGCUCAGAGUCCUCUGCUGCCACACUGUGGAGGAGUUGAUGUCCAUUUUACUGGGACCAUAGACUGCUUCAGGCAGGUCAUCAAAACCAAAGGUGUCCUGUCCCUGUGGAGUGGCCUAACAGCCAACAUGCUCAAGAUCACCCCAUACUAUGGCCUACUCUUCAGCUGCUUUGAGAUGUGUAAGCAAUUCUGUCUUUACCAAAACGGCUAUACUUUGUCUCCAUUAAGCUAUAAGCUUAAACCAGGAGUGGACCAAAGCCUGGGCCCACAAGAACUACAGGAGUUUAAGCGCUAUCUGAAAAACAGACAAAUACAGGCCCAAAGUUCAUCGAUGGGAAAUCGGUGGCAGACCUAACUGUAUUAUAAACAAACACCUAGUAGUAGGAAAAACAAUGAAGGAGUUUGCUGGAGCACUUUUUUGGGUAUUGUUAAAAAACCAUACUGUGUAGACUUUAAUAGAUUACACUUGAAUUCACUUGAGAACUUCUGUUCAGUAAAUGUAAUCAUGGGCAUUUUGGUUCUAAAGGGCAAGUUACAACACUUUUACUGUUUAGUAUGUCAAUGCACAAUGGUAUGCACUAAGUGUUCAGUAUAGUUGAUGCUGGGUAAAUAUUGCAGGUAUUUAGUAAACAGUAUGGGCAUCCGAGUGUGAGAUUUGGUCUAUUUCGCUACCUGAAGUUAGACGACCUUGUGCAUGCGCUGUAACAGUACUCGCUGCUAAAAGUUGUAUGUAUUAUUAAAUGUCAUUACAUGUAUUUUUUUUUUUUU